CUUGAUUUUUUUACAGAUUUAGGAGAAUACCAACAUAUGCAUGAAAAACGAAGAAGGCAAGUAAAGUGGCGGAAAGCAUUAGAUAGAGGUACUACUGGUGCAGCUACACAACUGCAACAAGAUGAAGAUAAAGUACUACCGGAGUUGGUGGAAGAAGCUGAAGACAGAGAGGAGGAGCAGAUGGUAGAGGAGGAGGCCGAAGAAGUGGAAAAAAGUAAGGCAGAGGAUGUGGUAGAAGUAGAAGACAGUGAGGAGGAAGGAGAAGCGGAAGACAGUGAGGCAAAGCAGAUGGUAGAGGAGGGCCGGGAAGUGGGAGACGAUGAGGGGUUAGACAUGAAUGAAGGAGAUGGAGAAGAAAGUGAAGAAGAAGAAGUACAGCAAGGCAGGGUUUCCACGAAAAAAAGGUCGAAUAAAUGGACUGGAAGAGAAACCAAUUUUCUAAAGAGAGGAACUUUUUUGCUCUCUGGAGAAACCAAAUCAUGGACUGAGAUUUUGAGGUUGGGAUCUCAUAUCUUCCGUCCUAAACGUACUGCUGAACAACUAAGGGAGAAGGAUAGGCGUACGAGGGGAGAUACUCACAGGGUCCGAACAAAAGGACGAAGGAACGGAGAUACUUGCAGGUUCCGAACAAAAGGUCGUAUGACUCGUAGGGUCAGGACAAAAGGGCGACGCAUUAGGCUAUGUCUAUGAAUUUCCCCUAAACAAAUUUCCCCCACAAUCUCUUUGGAUGUUGUCAGGUUUUCUUGUACUUUGUGAAAAGAAAUGAAAGUAAUACAGACAAAGUAUAAUCUUGUGAAUUGUCUUGCUGCGGACAAAAUGCGAUGCAUUAUGUAGUUCAUUUUGGCUACCAAGGUAAACACUUGUUUUCUGGUUAACGUGAAAAGAAAUGAAAGUAGCAGUACUAGUAUUGACUUGAUUAUGUAAUCCGCCUUUGGUGUUAUUACCUAUAUCACCCAUAUAUUUUGUAAAUAUAUGAAUACAUAUAAGACUCUUUGGUUUA